AUGACCACUUCAACCGCCAACCACGACCUAAAAGAAAACAUCAAAAGAGCCUACGAUGACAUCGCCGACAAAUAUCUCACCUGGACCGAACAUUCUCACAAAGUCCGCCUUGCAUACGUGAACACCCUCCUCCAAAACCUCAACUCAACAACCGAAACAAUAAUCCUCGAACUAGGCUGCGGCGCCGGCGUCCCAGUCACACAACUUCUAUCUUCUAACGAGAAUUUCAGAGUAACAGCAAACGACAUCUCCUCUGCCCAAAUCGCACUGGCAAAACAAACCCUGCCGGAGUCUGUGACCUUGAUAGAAGGCGACAUGAUGGGCCUUGACUUCGCGAAUGAAUCUUUCGAUGCUGUAUUGGCCAUGUACUCUAUUUUCCAUUUGCCGCGUGAGGAGCAGGUGACCAUCCUGAGGAGGAUCUUUGGGUGGUUGAAACCAGGCGGUUUCAUUUUGGCUAAUUUUCCGGCCGGGGAGUUUGAUAGUCAGUUUAAUGAAGCUUGGUUGGGGGGCCAGAAGGGGGUUAUGCAUUGGAGUGGAUGGGGGAAGGAGAAGAUUGGGGUUAUUCUUAAGGACGUGGGUUUUGGGAUCAUUGUUGAUGAGGUUGUUGUUGAUUCUGAGGAGGCUGAUCAUGACGUUGCUUUUCAGUGGGUUUUGGCGAAGAAGGAAGUAUAG